AAUACAAGGGGGCGUGGUCUCGCCGUGGAGGUCGGGCGCGAGCGAACAUGGCGGUUUAGUUCUCGCCUGAUAUCUUCUGGAGGAAGACGCGCAGAGAGCCGUUUAUCUUCUGUUUCGGAGGUUUUUAUUUUAUUAUUAUCUGCUCGGACUCACAACAUGGAGAUGAAGAAGAGGAUCAGCUCAGAGCUGAGCAACAGAAACCCAGCGGAGGUGGUGGAGCUGGUGGUGGAGAACUGUCGCUCCAGUGACGGAGAGGUGGAAGGUCUGACGGACGAGUACACGGAGCUGGAGAUCCUCAGCAUGGUGAACGUCGGCCUCUCGUCGCUCUCCAAGCUGCCCAAACUCCCCAAACUACGCAAGCUGGAGGUCAGUGAUAACAUCAUCUCAGGAGGUCUGGACACGCUGGUGGAGAAAUGUCCCGACCUGACGUCUCUGAACCUGAGCGGGAACAAGAUCAAAGAGCUGAGCAGCAUCGAGACGCUGCAGAACCUGAAGAACCUGAGGAGUCUGUACCUGUACAGCUGUGAGGUUUCCACGCUGGACGACUACACGGAGGGCGUCUUCGAGCUGCUGCCUCAGCUCACGUUCCUCGACGGUUACGACCAGGAGGACAACGAGGUGCCGGACUCAGAGGCCGACAACGGUGAGACCGCGUUUAACAGGAAGUCGUGACAGGAAGUGUUUCCAGCGGGAAAGUAGAAAGUGACGCACGCGGCUGAGAAAGAGUCUGGCCCAAUCCCAACGUCCCCCUUACAGACUCACGGACUUUGAGGCGCUCCCGCGAAGUCCGUGAGGGUUUAGUUCUGUCCCACUGUCACAUCCAGUGUUUGAGGCUCUGGCAGACAUGUUGAGCCCUUUAUGAACCCUUUCCGUAAGUCAGCAUCCAGAUUUAGCCUAAGGGAAUUACCCA